AUGAUGCUGCUGGCUUCUCUUUUAUUUGUUGCUUUGGCAGGUGCCAAAUGCUUCGAACCUGAUAUUGCGCAUCCGCCGCCUGAGUACAAUGUACGCGAUCCUCUGCUUCAAGAAGCAUUCGAAUCCAUUAACACAGCACUUACGGCUGCUGUGGCAGCGCCAAUACAUGCUCGAAGCUCGUUCUCUGUCGAGAUAACUUCAUCGGAGGAAACCCUAUGGUCGUAUCAUAACACGGCGCGCGAACGCAACGCCUCUCGUCCAGAUAUCCCCGAAGUCAACGGCGACGCGUUGUAUCGUAUCGCCAGCAUAACAAAGACCUUCACCGUCCUCGGCAUAUUGUACCAGCACGCAGCCGGUAAUUUGAGUUUAGAUGCGACAGUGAAUACAUAUCUCAAAGAACUAGGACAGAAAUCGGAUGGGGGCAUACCAUGGAAGGACAUCACCUUGCGUAGUUUGGCCAGCCAGCUGAGCGGCCUUCCGCGGGAAUGUAAGCUGCCAAUUGACAAGGAGCACAAUCUGUUUGAUGGGUGCCAGACAGAAGAAGGGGCUCAAGGCGACUUGAUCAAUCAAAACUACGAAAAGCUGAAUCCGAGUUACUUGGGCCUACCGCCUGAUGUCUCACGGAAAGGGUUGCCACAUUGUGAUGAGUACUCGCCAAAUUUUGAGACGCCUUGCACGGCCAGAGAUUUGUUUAAGCAGGUCAACAAGCUCGCGCCGCUUUUCGCGCCCAACCAGAAAUCUUCCUACUCUAAUCUCGCGUUCGAGCUACUCGGUCUCGUUCUCUCGCGGGUAUCGAAUCGUACCUACGAAGCUUACAUCGAUGAAGCCAUAUUCAAGCCUCUGAACAUGUCGACCAGCACCCUUUCGAAACCCGCCGACUCUGCUGGCGUCAUUCCGGCGGGCCCACAGUUCUGGGACGUGCAAGAGGGUGUUCAGAAUCCCACGGGCGGCAUCUAUAGUUCCUCGAGUGACUUGUCCAAGUACCUUCGCUAUGUCUUGACUCAUUUCAAUGCCAUUACCCACGCGAUCAAUUGGCUACACCCGGUCUCCCAUUCCCACGGAUCCAAUAGUUUCUACGGUAUGCCAUGGGAGAUCUUCACCACAGACCGCAUACUCCCAGACUCCAAUCGCACAGUACGCGUCGUAUCCAAGAGCGGAGGAUUGCCAGGCUACACUUCCAUCAUUAUGUCAGUUCCAGAGUACGACCUAGGGAUUACCAUUCUGAUUGCCGGCCCCAACAAGAUCUUUGCCAAAAUCCAAAGUAUUGUUUUGACGACCAUGAUACAAGUAGCCGAGAAGAUUGCCAUCCGGCAGUUGAGUGAUCGCUACGCCGGCACGUAUAGCGCUGCAGAUCCAAAACUGAAUUCUACGGUGAGACUGACAGCCGACCACCGCGGUCUUGUUGUCACAACCUGGAUAUCGAAUGGAACGGAUGUCUUCGAAUCACCCAUUGUCAAAGAUGGCGCGCCGGAGCACUACUACGCACAACUCAGUCCCACACUCCUCUAUCGCGACGAGGAGACACAGCGAGGCGAGGAGUGGCGUGCGAUGUUUGUUGAGGAGCGUGGAGGUGGGCCGCCGGAUGAUUUCUGCAUCGAUGAUUGGGACAUGUCCUCUUAUGCAGGUAUACCCUUGAACGCAGUCGCGUUCUGGGAUGAGCAAGAAGAUGGUCACUUCAGAAAGCUGGAAUUGUCGGCCUUCAGGGUGAAUCUCACGAGAGUGGACGAGAAGGGAGGAAAGAAUAGGGAGUAUGAUCAACAAGAAGCGAUGGAGCUCUAA